GAAAUAGUUGGUGUUAUCGACUUGCUGCAUCGUCGUCGAGACUAGACGAAGUUUACCCAUGACUCCGAACAGCUGAUCGCAUGCACCACGUGUAGUGUUUACCCGGUUGACAAAACCUCAAAAAGUGAUGUUCUAAAUCCUCAAGAAUUCAAUAAAGUCAAGUUCAAAUUUCAGCAAUGGUCGACUCGACGGCAAAUAACAGUAGUGGCGAUAAAUGUAAAAUUAAAAUAAUUCAGAAUGGUGCUAGCGAAAAAAAAGAUUAUUAUGACGAAUUCACACCCCCUGACGGGGGGGCCAGAAGUUGGUUAGUGAUGUUGGGUUCGUUUUUUUGCAAUGGAAUACUUUUCGGCGUUAUCAACUCCUACAGUAUAUUAUAUGAGAGUUUCCAUGACAAUUUGAAAAAGCAGAAUGUAACCGACCCUACCAGUAAAGCAGGUUUGAUCGGCUCUCUAGCCAUGGGUACCGUCUUCUUCGUCUCCCCAGUAUCCGGCGUCCUCACAGACUUUGCCGGGAUACGGACUACGACAUUCCUAGGUGGGCUCAUAGCUUCCAGCGGGAUGCUUCUGUCGUCUUUCUGCGUGGACAACGUUGUCGCCCUCUAUUUCACCUACGGCAUCAUGUAUGGUCUCGGAGGUGCCCUUGCCUACACACCAUCCCUUGCCGUGCUGGGCCACUACUUCAAGAAGUACCUGGGUUUGGUCAACGGCCUAGUGACAGCCGGCAGUUCUUUGUUCACCAUCUCGAUGCCCUACCUGAUAUCCGCCUUCUUGCACCGAUUCGGCAUCGAAUGGACCUUGAGACUCAUAGCCUUCAUGUCCAGUUUCAUAAUGCUGUUCGCCUUCCUCUUCAAACCCGUCAAUCCGACGUUGAAGUUCAAGAAGGUGUCCCUCAAGGACGCGUUCAACAUGUCCCUGUUCAGGAACCGGAAAUACGUGAUAUACGCGAGUACCGUGGCAUUUUCUCUUUGCGGCUACUUCGUCCCCUACGUGUUCAUGGUGGCCUUCGUUGAAAAGGUGUUCGGGAAAGGAGUGGACGCCAAACUUACCGUUUCCUGUAUCGGUAUAGCCUCUGGGUGCGGGAGACUCAUAUUCGGCUUCAUCGGCGAUCACCCCAAGGUCAACAAGAUAUUCCUGCAGCAGUUGUCGUUCCUGGUGAUAGGGGUCAGCACCAUACUGUUACCCUCGGCCGGAGGUUCUUACACGUUGCUGAUCGUCCUGUUGCUGUUCCUGGGAUUGUUCGACGGCUGUUUCAUCUCCAUUUUGGGCCCGAUCGCUUUCGAUAUUUGCGGCGCAGCCGGUGCCACCCAAGCUAUCGGCUUUCUGCUGGGACUGUGUGCCGUCCCUCUGACUUUGGGUCCUUACGUGGCCGGGUUGAUCUACGAAAGGACGGACUCGUACACGCUCUGUUUCGUUUUGGCGGGUAUACCUGCUGUGAUCGGGUCGGUGGCUAUGUUCCUGACGAGGUGCGUUAAGAGCACACCGAAGACUUUGGAUCCUUGUGCCGAAACACUGAAUGGGAAACCUGAUGAAGGCACAGAACGAACAUGUCCUGCCGAAGAAGAAGGGCGUUUGUGACGACAAACACAUCACUCCCAUUAACAUCAUCAUUAUUAGUAAUAAUUAAUACCUGAAACUAAAAAUGGGGUUACCUUUGUCUAAUUUGCUAACCACAUUGGUGCCACAUUAUACUAGGAACCAUUGAGAUUCAUACAUAUCCUAUUAACUUAUUUGAAAUAACAAAUUGAAGUGAUCUCAAUGAUGCUCUGUAGUUAGGUCAAUUAUGAGUUUUUCUCGAACAGAUAGCAUAUAUUUUAAUGUAGGUAUUUAUAAUCCGAUAUAAGCAUGAUUGACUGUACUACACAGUAGUGAAUACUUAUAGAUUCACUUAUGAUUUCAAAGAAAGUUUGACAAUACAGAAUAUCAAUACUGCAGACUCAAUUCUCUAUAUUUAAGGGUACAUUAAAAAUGCUCUCAUGCUUGGGUGUCAAUUAUGCAGCAUAAACACCAUAAGCAAUAUUUUUGAUAACACCUGUUUUUAGGAAUCUUGUGUUGGGUUCAAAAGAAUGAUCAGUUACCUAAGGAAUACAAUUCAAUGCUCUCUGUUGACCCAAGAGAAUACGAUGUUUUGUUGAAUACAUAAAUGAAGGAUGUAUCAAAGUAGUAAAUGGUUAUUAAUGAAGUGAUAUUCGCCAACAUAUUUUCGAGUAUUUGACAACCUAGUGCACCAACAUGCUCUAUACACCUGGUUAAGUUCUGCCAAGUUUACAAGUUCUAGGAUGAAUUAGAAAAAGAAAAUUUUGAUUCAGAUAUUCUGGGGUCAAAAGAAUUCAUUCAGAAAGUUGUGAAUAGCAAAAAUUUAUUCAUACAUUCUGGUCAUGUAUCAAAAAUAUUUCAUUUCAAAAUAUAUUUUUCAUUUCAUCAUAUGUAGGUCUCUUUCUUUACGGUGUAGUUAUUUUUCGAAAAAAAAAAAUAGUGUAAAUUUAUUUGGCAGGUUUUCACAUAAAUUGAAAUUAUCAUUGUUUCAACUGCUAAAUAAUAAUUUUAGUGAAAUAUCAAGAAAAUGAAUUUAUUUCAACCAUUCGAUUCUUAUUUUGGGAAGUUACUAUUGUAUUCCUAUCUAACUAAAAUACGAAAUUACAGGCAAUGAUUCGUUAGAUCGUUUGAAAGAAACGGUAGAUAUUUAUUUAUAAAUAAUUAUCGUAAUUUUUUUUCGGAUUUUUUUUUUUGAUCAACUAAAAUACAACUUUUUGGUCUACCAUGUUAUCUUCAUAUCAGGAUUCGUUUUCGAGAAAAAUAUCACCUUAUUAUGCUUUAUCUCUAAAGCAGUUGUUCAUGAUUUCCAAUAGAGUUAGGGCUAAAUGAGCACCUUAUUACUUCGAGUAACUAACAAAUAUCAAUCAAAUCGGUUUAAGAAUUUUCACGAUAAUUUAUAAAUGACUACUGGUUUUUUUGUAACUUCAACGGAAACGAAGCAACUCCGGACACAUGUUUGUAAGACCUCUUUUGCUUAAAACCCCCCCACAUAUAAUAUUAAAAUAAAUAUUUAUUUGAUGAAAUAUAAUGUUGGUGCAACAGGUCAUAAUUGAACAACAAUUAUUGAAAAUUGCAAAUAUGAUGUCCUGUUUUUGCAUUUCAGUUACUGUUUUUCAUUAUUAACGAGUGACACAAAGUACCAAAUAAUCAGGGAAAUGUUUCCGAGUGUUUUAUGUAUUUUACCUGCAUUUUAAAGUUCAAACUAAAAUAAACGCCAGAAAAGUACAUACACAAGAAAUAAUAUUCUUUAAAAUGAAAAAAAUGUUCAUUUACCUACCCGAUGCGAAAUUUUAUAUUCAAUUAUAGUUAUGUAUUCAAUUUUUCUCGAAUAAAUAAAAAUUAAUAUUUAUGAUGGCGAUUUAGUGGAAUUCUCCAAUAGGUAUUUAUUUUUCCGAUUUUUUAUAGUUUCUGAGUAUUUUUCUCAUAAUUUAUAAGUUUUUUAAGCAUAAUCAUUUUUCUUUUGUAUCGAAUAUUUUCUAUUACUGAAUUUGUAAUUUUAUAUUCAUGGAAAUAUCUUCAAUGAUUAACGAGAUCAAUACAUUUUGUAUAGAAUAAGAGACUGAUAAUAUGAAUUACUGUCAAUAAUCACAUUCCUGAAUUUCAAACUUUCAUCCAUUGAAUCAAUCUGAAAAAAAUAGUUUAAUAUGUAGAUUUAAGUAGAAAAUUACAUUUGAGACAGAUAUAAUGUAUAUUCUUCAUAUUUAUUUUUCAAUUUGUUCUGUCAAAGAAUGUUCCUUUGAAAGAAUUUUAUUUCUUUUAUUCGCAUAAUCAUUUAGGAAAUGUAUAGUUUGUUGAAUUAUAAAGUAAUAGAUGAAAAAUAAAAUAUGCUGUUGUUUA